AUGGCUGGACGCUUUCGCGGCGCGGUUGGCAAGCUGUCAACGCCAAAGAAGAGCAGAACAGCAAAGAGGGCUAAGGGCAAGAAGACCGUCGCGCUUGUGAAACGCGCCCCCAAACUCUCACCUGCUAGUCUGCAGAAGCGCAUCGCUGAAUUGACGGGCGCGGCCCCACAGGAUAGGAAGGAGGCUGCCGUCAAGAAAACCAAGACGAAGAUCGCGGCGCAGAGCACCACGCGAGCCGCACCAAUGCUACAGAAACCAGUUGGCCGCGCUGCUAUGGAAAUUGUGGGUACCAAAAUCGAGAAGAUUGUGCCAAAGACCGACCUUUCCGCGGAGCGCACACCCGCGGAAGCGAUGGGGCUAAAGCUGCUGCACCGCGCUGUAAAGAAUCAGAGCCACAACCGCCUGUUGCAGCACCAGAACCGCCACGACUACGAGUACCGUCUUCGCACUGUCGCCACGACAGGUGUGGUUCGUCUCUUCAACUCCCUCGCACAUGCUCGCAAGGCGGGCGAAGCUGUGGAGGCACACGAGAAGCAGUUGACGGCGGAUAAGGCCCAUGAGAAGAAGCAAGUAGCCACUAAGGAGGCGUUUCUCGCCGCCCUCCGCCAGCCGCGGCGGAUGGAGAAGUAUUGA